ACUGUCCACCCUUGUCCAUCGUAUAGUACAUACAAUGUAGGUAUAACUCACUGAGAUCCGAUGCGAAGGCGAUGAAUGAAUGUCGCAUCGCAUCUCAGUAGUGUCAUACGUUUAAAGGCCUUGACGGUUGUUUCGUUUUGUGAAGUGCAUUUUGCCUUUUAGUUGCGAAAUAAAUCUGUGAAUCUAAAGUGUUUAAAAAAAACGAUGGACGAUCUCACAUUUGACGCCAAUGACGCCACUGACGCCAGCAUCGUGUCCAAUGCCGCCUCUGUUCGCGGCGAGUUGAUGAAUUAUCGUGAUGAAUUAGGACGUGAACUGUCGAACCUAGAGAAGGUACAAAAAAUUGCCCAAGCUUAUCUUAGGUUGGAAAAUUUCUAUAAGGAAUCAGAGAACCCUCCUACCUAUUAUCGAAAGGGUGAAUUCGAAGACUACACCUUCGUUUUAACAACCCUACCUAUGGAAGAUGGUAGAAUUUUUGUCGAGUUGAAGCGCGAAAAAAAUCUCUCAAGAAAUAGGGGAGAUGCACUUGAGUGUGCUCCAAUUAAAGAGUGUCCUGCUCUCGUUAAUGAUGAUGUCGGUGCCGAUAAUGAUAGACAAAUCAUAAUCAAUAUAAUGAGGAGAAUUCGAAGAUCGUUCGAAUAUACAUGGUCGUAUCUGCAUUUAGAUGUGACACCAGAGAUUUCCUCUGAUGACGAAUGAGAUGCGAAGAAAGUUGUCCGUCGAACACAAUACCUACUUCUCAGAAAAAGGAAUAUAAUUUAUUAAAACGUAAAUUUUUCCUUCUUUUUUUUCAACAGGUUUGGUCCAGUAAUUAUUUACCUAAUUAAACGAUUUUUUUUUGUUU